AUGGUGGCAAGGCAUGCAGGUUCUACGUUCUUUGUAUUCGUCACAGUUAACAUGGAUUAUACCCCUGAUAUAUCAUGCGAUUCGCAAACACACAUUGCUAACUUCUGGGAAAUGGCGAAGCAGGAAGCAGAAGGACUAAAACCGGAGCAGAAUUCCUUUAAAACACAGGAUCUUCCUCUAGCCCGCAUAAAAAAAAUUAUGAAACUUGAUGAUGACGUCAAAACUAUGAUGAUCAGUGCUGAAGCUCCAAUUCUAUUCGCGAAGGCUGCAGAACUUUUUAUUCGUGAAUUAACAUUGAGAGCAUGGCUGCACACUGAUCGCAACCGCCGAAGAACUCUGCAAAGGAACGAUAUAUCUAUGGCUGUUUCCUAUGGGGAUACAGAUCAGUUCGAUUUUCUCAUCGAUAUCGUGCCACGGGACGAGGGGCGUGGGCAUCGAAGGUCGCAGCAGCAGCACACUCAGUCGGCAUUGCAGCAUAUGGCAGGUUCGUCUCUGGUGCAGCAGACACAGGUACAGGUGGUUCAGCAGCAGCAGGCCACUGGCGACGAUGUCUCUAUAAAGACGGAGACCGCGGGACCUGCAGCAGCGACCCUGGUGGCCGGCGCCGACGGCACAUUGACCACGGUUACGGCCGGCCAACCAACCGUGCAGUUCGCUACCGUGCCUGCUGCUGCCGCGACCACUUCCGGCCAGCAGAUCCAAUACGUUAUCCAAUUACCUGCCACUAGCUCAGCCUCCAACGGACAGCCCUUCCAGAUACAGAUGCUUCCUCAGCAAUUUCAGACAGCAAGUACGGAUGCAGUGGCGACAGCACAAGUGGGUGGAACGCUGAUUGCCACCGGCGGCGUGGCGGGUACGGCAGCGACGACGGGUGGAUUGCAACUCGUGCACGUGGUGAAUCCGCAGACCUCUGUGCAGCAUUCCACUCCCUCCACUACCACCGCAGCUGGUGCCCCCGCGGGUGCCUCUACUGAUGCCGCUAACAAACUUCAAACCGUCCAUGUUCAGACGCAGACCCUGCUGGUUCAGCCGUCGGGCGCAGUGGUUGUUGCGUCAUCCGCCGGACCGACUGACGAGACUGCUGCUGCUAGUGCACAGCCCUCCACCACUUUGGUCUCCGUGGAUGGCGGAGAGACCUAUACCACUGCACAAGUGUUCACCACGGCCUCAACUGGUGACGUCCAGACCACCACCUCAUCGGAAGAGCGCAUCCUUCAAUCUACUACCACAACGGCUCUUGAGCACGUUGAGGCGCCACAGAAUGGAUUAGAUAACGCUGGCAAGACAACUAUUGUCAAAAAAUUUAAUGGUGAGGACAUAUCUACAAUCGCACCUACUCUGGGAUUCAGUAUUCAUACUUUGGAGUAUAUGGGCUACAGGCUGAAUGCUUGGGACGUGGGUGGUCAGCAUUCCUUGCGCUCCUAUUGGCGCAAUUACUUUGAGACUACGGAUGCUCUCAUUUGGGUCGUCGACAGUUCCGACCGGCUACGGUUAGACGACUGUCGUGAAGAAUUAAACAAGCUGUUAGUGGAAGAACGAUUGGUUGGAGCAACCCUUCUCGUACUAGCGAAUAAACAGGAUCUACAAGGUGCAUUAAAACCUGCAGAGAUAGCUGAAGCGCUCAAUCUCAGAGAUAUUACGACACAUCACUGGAGUAUUUACGGCUGUAGUGCUGUAACGGGGGAAAACCUUCUGAACAGCGUUGCGUGGCUUAUCAAAGACGUGUCUUCCCGCAUUUUUUCGGCUGAAUAA